GCAGAACCCUGAAACACAUUCACAGUCCACUUGCAGUCUUCAUUGCUGUCAGCCAUCCAUCAGCCUUCAUCACCAUGUCCGCCGACAUUAUGGAAGUGACCUCGCUGGGCCGACCUUUCACCUUGGGAAUGCUCUACGAUGCCCGCAAAGACGCCAUCCUGCCAGGUUAUGUUCUGUGGGAUGAGGAGACCAUUCAGAAGAACACGGUUGUGAACGCUCAGCGCAGUAGCGACUUCACGGUGACGGCGUCCGACUCCAUCGAGUCUCGCUCCUCCCUGCUGGAUGUCAAUGCGUCCAUCAAGGCCAGCUUCCUGUGCGGUCUGAUCGAAGUGGGCGGAUCUGCCAAGUACCUGAAUGACAAGAAGAACCUGAAAAGCCAGAGCAGAGUGACCUGUCAGUACAAGGCCACCACCGAGUUCAAGCAGCUGUCGCUCACUUCGCUGCGUCAACUGGCGCCCUAUCAAGUGGACAUCGUGGAGAAGGGCAUCGCCACGCAUGUCGUCACGGGUAUCCUUUACGGCGCAAACUGCGUCUUUGUCUUUGACAGCGGGAAGAUGGACGAGAGCAACAUUCAAGAUAUCCAAGGCAGGAUGGAAGCGGUCAUGAAGAAGAUUCCCACGUUUAACGUGAGCGGGGAGGUCGAAAUCAAGAUGACCGAGGAAGAAAAAGCACUCACGAAGAAGUUCACCUGCAAGUUCUUUGGUGACCUCAUUCUGAAGAGCAACCCUGGAAACUUUGAAGAAGCGGUCAAAACUUACGUAGAGCUUCCAACACUCCUGGGCCAAAAUGGCGAGAACGCCGCUCCAUUGAAGAUCUGGCUGCUGCCUUUGAAGAGUCUGAGCACCAAAGCUCCGAGCCCUGAUCUGACCUGCAUUAGCGCCAAUCUGCUGACAAAAGUCCAGGAUGCUCUAGAAGAUGGACAACAGAUAGAAAUGAGAUGUAACGAUUCUCUUGAAGACAUCGCGGCCGAGUAUUUUCCCGAGGUCUACGACUCCUUGAGACGCUUCAAGAAGCUGUGCCAGUAUUACACGUUGUUUCUCCGACAGGCCAUGCUCAAUAAACUUCCUGUCAUCCGCGACGGCACAGAAGACGAGAGCGAGCUGGCCAAGAUCUUUGCGGACAAAGAGACGAGCCCCUUCAGUCACGAAGCUCUGAGCAGCUGGUUGGACGGAACGGAGCGGGAGAUCACCAUCAUACGCUACUGCAUCGACAACAUGGACGGGCUAAAUGUCAAGUUUGUCCAAAGCAAAUCUGAGCUGGAUCGAGUUCUUUACGCUCGCGGAGUCGAACAUGUCCUCUGCUUCGUUUUCACCUCCCUGGAAAGCAGCGACCCCCAGCUGGACGACAUGACACAAUACCUGAACCAGUGCACGUUACUAAAAGCCAGCGAGAACCCUUGGUACUUCCGUGAUGAUGUCAUCGCCAGCAUGAAAAAGAAGGCCGACGCUUUUGUUGACAUCGCCAGAUCGCUGAAGGAUAACCACACUGUCCAAUUUGUCGUCACCGCGAUGACCAACACGGCGCAAGAUGGAGCGAGCGUCUACCACUACAAGAAUGGCGUCCUGAUCACUGAUGACUUCUCCAAACCUGAUGUCCCCCCCGUCCAGGACAUACGAGACAAAAGUGAAUUGAUGUGGUAUGCCUGCGAUCUGCGCCUGGACCCGAUGACGGCAAACUCCAGUCUUACCCUCUCGCAGGACAACAGGAUGAUGUCUCGCGGGCAAUCCAAGAGCUACCCGGACAAUCCGGACCGCUUUGAUGUGUGCCCACAGGUGUUGUGCAUCAAUGGUCUCGUGGGGUGUCAUUACUGGGAAGUGGAGUGGGGCGGUAGUGUUGACCAAGAUAUCGCGAUAGGCGUCACAUACAGAGGAAUCCCUAGGAAAGGGGGGAAAGUGGAGUGUUACAUAGGUCGUAACGCCAUGUCCUGGUCUUGUGGCAUCAUUGGAGCCCAAAACAUCUUUGCGUAUUAUAACUCUCAGCGGAAACUCAUGAGUUUUCCUAACAAGGCACUCAAGCGCAUUGGCGUGUACCUUGACUGGCCCGGUGGAUCUCUGUCCUUUUAUGACGUCUCCUCCGAUGGGCUCACUCACCUCUACAGCCACUACGAUACAUUCACUGAGCCCGUUUAUCCGGGGUGCUACGUCUAUUCCUCAUCUGGUCAUGUUUUCUUCUGCUCCGUCCAGUAGAAGUACAGCAUGUUAACACUCACAUGUUAACACAUGUUAGCAUGCUAUUCCAUGGCAGCUGGUUCAGGUUGUUUUGGUAAUGGUAAUGGUUUAAUUUCAUUUGAACAUGCAUCAGAUUACAAUUGAAUGCAUCACAUAAUCAGUUCACAGUUCCACAUGUCCAAAAGGAGUAGGAAGAAGCAAAGCUUAUUAAAUCCUACCCCUCCAUCUGGUACUUUUACAAUCAGUAACUGUCACAUUUGUUCACUUCCUGCUUUCCUAAUAUAAUUUACAUUUUUUUAAAUAAUUGUAAAAAAAAAAUGUAAACUUUAUUUUAUUAAAUUUAAAAAAAAAUAAAUUUUUAAAUUUUUAAUUUUUUAAAAGAAUAAUUGGUAAUGGUUAAGUAAUGGUAAUGGUUUUAUUUUAUUUGAACAUGCAUCAGAUUACACUUGAAUGCAUCACAUAAUCAGUUCACAGUUCCACAUGUCCAAAAGGAGUAGGAAGAAGCAAAGCUUAUUAAAUCCUACCCCUCCAUCUGGUACUUAAAUUUUAACAUUUUUAAAUUUUUAAAUGUUUAAAUUUUAGUCCGCUCCUAUUCAGUUUCGCAUAUGACAUCCGAAAUAAUUCUACAUCCACUCUUGGCCACUCCAAAUUGUCCAUAGGUAUGAAUGUGAGUGUGAAUGGUUGUUUGUCUAUAUGUGCCCUGUGAUUGGCUGGCCAACAGUCCAAGGUGUACCCCACCUCUCCCCCAAAGACAGCUGGGAUAGGCUCCAGCAUGCCCCCGCCCUAGUUGAGGAUAAGCAGUAGAGAAAAUGGAUGUAUGGAUGAUUUGAUGAAACUUUAUGUAAUUAUUUUACAAUGAUUUGAUGUUUUAUUGAAUGAGUUUAUGAAAUGAUUUUAGCCUUGUUUUCUGGAAAGCGCUUUGAAUAACAUUGUGUACUAAUCGUGCUGGAUCUGUAAUGCAGUUAUAUUUAAAAUGGCUGCAAUUCCUGAAUCACAAAUGUUAUUAUAUUUGAUCUUAUUAAACAUGAGAGUCAACAUUUCAAUCACAUCUGAAUUUUGGU